GUCGCAGCGGGGGAGGAAAAAAGAGGGAGGAGGUGACUACAGCGACAGCAGAGGAAUCUUCAAGCUCGGAUACAUGAAGCUCUACGGACACCAGCCUCACCCAGUGUGACGGAGUUACCCCGGCUGAAUUAUCGACUGGAUUAUUACCUUUGAUCUGUACGAGGACUUCAACGACGGAUCGUUAGUGCGGAUGAUUGUGUUAAACUAGAGGAAAAGUGAAAUGUGGACCUUCGACCUGAGAAACAUUUAACUAAAGUCGGCCCUUGAAAAAAUUGCUUUCCAUGCAAUGCAACCUGGAUGUCCUUCCAGCCACGUUGGAGCCUGCCCUGCUUUCCAACACCCGAGUAAUGUUGAUGCUCUAAGAUCACACCAGCACCACCAUGUUACACCAGCUCCAGUCGCUGCUGCUGCAAAUAUUGUAAAAAUCAACAUGGUUGCCCAUCAAGAUCCCAGAAAACUCGGGGUGGAUGUUCCAUCUCAGAGGCAGCAAAACAAUGCAGAAUUACGUUUCCACAGACUCCAACACUAUGUAACAAGCUGUGGAUUUCAGCAGCCAAGACCUGCUGACCGUAUGUGGACUCCUCAGAAUAGUGGUCAUGGACCCAAUGCAGACAUUUAUUCACCGUUGAAUGUUACUACACAAUGCACCAGUGCUAAUGAGAGAUCUGGGAUGUAUCUUGUCAACCGUAAUGGACAACACAAGGGAAGUUUUCCACGAGGACCCAACUUAAACUCUAAUAAUACAGAGCAACAAAGACUUUUACAUGACUGUCUUGGUACCACGACUGUAGCAACAAGAGAUGACACUGUUGAUCUUACAGCACAGCAGCAUCAGUAUUCUCUGAAACAAUAUCACUCAUCCCAGCAAGUAGAAGCUCCUCUUAAAAAUGGAAAUCUUGGCUCAAUCUCCUUGGUUUCUUCACUAGAGAAAACAAAAGUCAACAUUGAGCCCACUGCAAGAACAAAUCUUUCUAUUAAAAUGCACUGCCAAAGUCCACAAGUGAAAUGUUCACUUGGUACUCUUAAUUGUGAAAACCCCAUGAUUAGAACACAAACUCCAGGUUAUUCAAUAGAAGACCAGCAGCAAGUCACUUCUCCCUCAACAGUUCUACCAAAGCGUCCACCUACAGAUGACGAAAUACAUAAACGAAUUGCUGAAGAGCUCGAAGGUUAUAAAAGAAAUGAGAAUUCCAAAAGAAAUGCUCAUCUUUCUGAUACUUUUGCCUCCAACAAAGCAAGACAUGCAACAGGACACACACUUCCAGCAUACAGUUCAGGGGACUCCAGAGGAAAUGCUGACUUAACUUGGACAUGUGGUCAUUCAACAGUUGCAACAGCAACACAUUCAACAGAAUAUCCACAAAUUAUGAUGAAAGUUGCGCCGACAUGCACAAAUAAUGAAGACGACAGUCCAGUGGUUCUCACCUCAACAUCUGGAAUGACUAUGAUUGACCUGACCAAGAGGAAACCCAACUACAUGUCAGCAGAAUAUAUCAACAAGAAUAUGCAUGAUGCACACAAUGUGCCUGGCAUUUCUUGGGCUCCCAAACCCAUUGUGAGUACAGGUUAUGACGAUGUCCAUGCUGUAAUUGAUGUUUCAGUGGAGAAUCGCACCAAGCCAAGUUCAGUGAUGACUGGAAGUGAUACAUCACUUUAUGGAAUUCAAGACAUUAUUCAAAAGAAAAGGAAAAACAACAAAGAUCACCUUUGUCCUAUUACUGAUCAGGAAGUAGUUACACAUUCUAAGAUGACGUCAUCAAUUAGUCAAAUUCAGAUUCUUAAUGUUAUGUCAAUGUCUGGAGACCAAAUAAAACAGCUGUGGGACCUACCAAGUUGUGAACAUGUGAUGGAUUCAGGUUCUGUGAAUCCACACCCACAUUUCAGCCCAGAACCUCCUGAAAGAAGUGACAAAGCCCAGGAAUCGGCUCUGUCACAUCAAAGCCAGAGGGUAGGGGAGCAAACCCCAAACAUUCUUAAAUGCCCAGAAUAUGAAGACAUAUCAGAUUAUGAACUAAUCCCUGCCAUGCUGACAGGUCUCCCAUACACAGAACAUGAGGAUUUAGACGUCCUUGUUUGUCAUGAAAAUCAACAGAUGGAGAAAUUGAAUGCAGAAACUCAUCUGAAAGGGCCCAACAGAAAACGUUCACAAUUUGAAAAUGACGGCCCAUUUCAAAUGAAGGGGGACAACAUUUCAGAUGAUACAUCUAGAGAACAAAACUGCUCUUGUCCUUGUUUUGUUGAAACUGAUACUGGAUUUCAACAAGUGUUAUGUCCUAAAUGUGACCGUGAAAGACACUUUCUUUCAUGUAGUCCUGAUAAUUUGAGUGAUGGAUUUGAGACUGAUGAGAUGGAUGAUUACAUGGUCAUACCUUUAAGCAUGACAGACAUUAAAUAUGAACCCGCCGAAGAAAUCCAGGAUUUCCCAGGGAACACCGUACCAGAUGACAGUCAAAGUGAAGAUAUAGAAUUUCAAAGUGCUCCAGAAUCUUCAACCGCUUCUGUGCCUUGCCCGAUAGAGGUUUUUGACACCAUUGCAAGCUUUAUACUAUCAAAAAGGACCACAGUUCAGUUUCCUCCAGGUAGGUGCACACCAGACCAUGAAAUGAACUCGGAUACAGGAGGAACUCAUACACCUCGGCACAUGAUAGGGUCCAGAUCUGAGUGUGAAGACAGCAGUGAAACGGAGAACAGUUGUGAUUAUUCAUCUGAAGCCGAACACAACUAUUUGACAGCCUCGAGGUGUGUAUUUAAAAACAGGUCAGCACCAGCUACAGAUCAGUCUGCAGAUGAAAAAGAAAAUGAACCUAAUAAGGCAACAAGUGUGCAAAACGGUCAAAGCAAGAGCUCAGUCAAGUUGGGCUGUAUUCAAAAACUUAAAGAGCUCAUCAAAUCUAAUGCUCGCUUAAAGGGUGCCAAAUCAAAGACCAACAGGCAGAGGAACUCAAAAGCACAAGGUAAAUUUUUUGAUUCUGACUCGGAGGAUAAAAGUGACUACAACUGCAAAAUGAAGGCAAAACGGAAGAGGUUGUCUUCUUCAAGCUCAGUGGGCAGUCCAGAAGCAUCUUACAGUCAACAAAGGGAGCAUCCACAUCAAACUGUGGACAGUCAGUCACCACAGAGUGGGUCUGAACUUCAUGAGACACGGUUCAAAGAAGUGAUUAAGACUGUUUGCUCAAGUGGGCAGUUGACGAAAUAUGAAGCUGACCCCGAUCAUGUUCAGCAUGCAGCUGACAGAAAGGAUAUCCCGAAAGAUGGUAUAAUAAUCAUUGACUCGGAUACAGAGGAUUCGGUGGACACUUGGGAUGAGAGUGACAAAAAAGUCACAAAGGAAACCAUUAUUUCUUCACGGUUAGUAGACGAUGGUAGCGCGCCAUAUUUUAAACAAAAGAGACACCCAUGUGAAAAUGUGGACAGUAGAUCUGAACCUUCUAAGGAAAAGUUCCAAAGAAUGGAAACAUCCUCUGUCGCUUCCUCAGUACCACUGCACCGGUCUAAACUUGAAGAUGCACAGUUUAACGAAGGGAUGCAGGAAGAUGGCUCUUACUCUAUAAAAAAAAGUGGACACCUACUUGAAACUGAAGAUGGUACUGAGCAUAUUCAAGACAAGACCUCAAAUACAACUUUCAAUGGCUCAGACAAUCAUAUCAUCAAGAAGGCAACCACAGAUCCACUGCUACCAUCAUUGUCAAAAGUCUGUAGCCGGGCCUCAUGUUCUAUACAAAACGGAGGGUUAGCUAAAGAAAUGGAUUGUGGAUCGGGCAGGAAAACGCCUCAAAAACGCAUACGAUCAUCUUAUGAGUCAGCAGACCGGCGGCAGUCAGUGGACCAGUCUUCUUCGCAUCGUAACAGUUUGAUCCCACGCCUCUAUUUUAUCGAUCCAGCUGAUCCUCGUGAUCCACUGAAGCUUGUUAAAGGUAAACCGCCCCAAAGGCGGGAUAAAGAAGACACUGUGGUUACCAAGGCCCCCUCAGCAACAAGUAAGAAGAUGCACUCCAGUGAUAAGAAUACCCAAGAUACGUCUUUGAAUAAAACUCUAGUCAACAUAAUCAAUCCCAAACUGCUUUUAAGACAUCGUUCAUUAUCCAACCAAGAAGGCCAGUCUAUCUCCAGAAGUUUGUUGCAGCCCGGAGAAACUGCCACCAUAUCUCAUCAGUCAAAAAUGUAUGAAAGCACUAAUGUUCCAAAACAUAAUUUGAGUUCAUCCAAACUAAGACAUUCGUUUUCUCACCCAUCAACAUCAUGCCAUCCUUGGAGCAACACCAGAGACCAAUCAUUGAAUGCAACCAGCCAAUUAUCAGCGGUUGAACGAUUGAAAGAUAACUGGAGCAAAAGCUACUACCCAACGAAGAAAGACAGGAAAACUAGCACCGAGACAGAGGAGGCUUCCAGAACCUUGAAUACUGAAUCAAAGAGAGAAGCCUAUCAACCAUUGAGUCACCAGGAAAGGGCAGGUCACCAUGACAGACCACCCAAACAGAGACGCAAUUCCAAAGAGUCCGAAACCAGUCUGAUGAAGAGAGCCAAGAUGGAAGCUGUGCAGUUGACAAGGGCAACAAAUCGAAACAACUCGAGGGAACAAAGAGGCUCCGUGGGUGAAGGUUACAAGUGGUCAGAGAGGCCAAAAGUGGCGAGGUCAAAUCAAGGUUCCAUAAAGAGGGGCGACAGAUGGUCUCCCAGAUCGGAUUACUGAGGACAAAACUCCUGUUCCAGUAGAGAAGAGGAUUAUUUGCAAUGAUGUCCAAUAGAAUUUAACUGAAUGUUCUGUAUUUUAACUGUGUGCCUGUGUGUACACAUUUCCAACCGUAUAAUGUAUGUAAACCUAUAAACUAACAAUAUUUGGGGUAAAGUGACUCAACUGGAAACUUGUUCUUUCUACCAGCUACCUCAGUGAAACGUUUUUCCAUUUCAUAGUUUUUGCUUAGGUUCCUCCCGUAACUUUUAAAUGUUUCUUCUUUUUUAUCCCUCAUAGAAAGUGAGCGAUGGAUAUGUGUUUGAAUGUAUGUAUGAAUGUAACCUUAAUUAUUCCUCUGUUUUAAGUUGAUAAUGGUUUUGUGUUGGUAGUACUUAAAAUCACCUUUCAGUGCUUGUGAUAAUUCAGUGGUUUCCCAAUAUUUGAGGGAAUGUGGCCCCUGGUGGGACAUUAUAACUAAUUAAAAGCUAUUGUUUUUGUAAAAAAAA